AUGGUAUCCGAGCAUUUCGCGAACAUCUGCUCCAACGAGCGUGCCAUCCUCGAGAUCACAAGCGGGGCACCGCCCGUUCUGCUGCAGCGGCCCCAGCAGCAAAGCAUGGAGAGCAUCGACGGAACCUUGUACAAGCGGUUGCUCCGUGGGAUGUUGUUCGACAGGAGACGGAGCGAGGAGCUCCUCUUACGAGAGCUCGGCAACCCCUCCCUCGAGGUGCGUGCGGGGGCCGAGGGCAGCCUGCUCCUCGUCCACGUCUCGACUUCCGAGGCGAGGAUGGAGGGCGAGGCGGACGUGCUCUCGCUCCUGCACGCCGCCGCCGCCACCGGCCUCGUCCGCGUGUGCGCGCGGUUCAUCGCCGAAGGCCUAGACGUGAACGAGCGCGCGGGUCGUCAGCAGACGACGCCGCUGCACCUGGCCGCUUCGAAAGGAGAGGUCGGCGUCGUCGAGCUCUUGCUGCGCAUGCAGGCAGACCCCAGCUCUGUGGACGGAGCCGGGCACUCUGUGCUGCGCUGCGCGGUCGCCGCGGCCGCGGAGCUGCAGGACCAGCAGGGGAGCUGCGGGAUGACCGCGGGCGGAACGAGCGUCAGCCAGCAGUUCAAGGUGUGCAGUUUGCUCCUGAUCGCGGGGGCGGAGGAUACCACUGGUGGGGACGGGGUCGACGGCGAGAAGAUUCAGGGCGCCGAGGAGAUGAUCGAGAGGCACAAUCUCACGGGGAUGCAGAAGCUGUUCCACCUGCACCGGCGUCUGAGGAGCUUGAAGGAGAAAGUCGCCAUUGACGAGGCGUGCGUGGCAGAGCUCUGCGAGCUUCAAUUUGAGACGGCCAUGCUCGUGAUCCACGUGUUCCAUCGCUACCUGAGCCCGAGCCCUGCGGCGGCCGCCACAGAGUUUCGAGCAUUCGUUGCGUCCGACUACAUUCAAGAGAGGAACAAAAUCCAGAUGAUGGGCAACCGUUUAGCCAAGAAGCUGGGUCUCAAAAAACGGGCGGUAGACGUAAUUGUUGCGUUGCCUCCUGAGGCUGCUAGACUGGCUCUGAGCACGUUGAAAGUGGAGGAGACGCAGCCCAAGGUAUAUGAUAUUUCAUACGAGUUGAAUCCACAUUUGCAGCGUCCUGCUGAUGAACUGGACGACGGAGGCGCAGAAGAAGUCGCGCAGCCCCACAACAGCACCGCACGCGACCCCCCCCCUUCAGUUCGGAAGAUCAUGGAGGACUCUGCGAAUCGCUACACGGGCAGGGUCCGGAAGUGGGACUCCGAGCGGGGUUUCGGCUUCGCGGUGCAGGACCCGAAGGACGGCGAGGAGGGAUGCAAGGACAUAUUUGUGCAUCGGAAAAACAUCGUAGGCAGUACCCCAACCAACCACAUCGACCUGAAGGAAGGCGGUAAGAUCUCGUACAGGUUGGGCGACCAGGAAGGACGUCCUCGAGCACUUGAAGCAGCGAUGAUCGACGAGCAUGGCGGCUUCCUGCCGAUCCAUCUCCAGAAGUCCGAGAAGGAAUCAGGUCGCGUCGGCAGGGAUGAGGUCUCCGAUGGCGGAGGCAGUGAGAGUGAGCUGAACUUCACGCGCGCGACGAUCCGACACGUCCGGAUGAGCCGCGACGUCCAGGAGUGUGCCAAAGAGAAGCGCGUAGAUUUGGACGCUUGGUUUCGUUGCACAGGCCUUCGGCGCCAUGGCAGCAACCGCCGUGAUGACGCACUGUGGAAAAGGGAGGUCGACCGCCGUGUCGAGUUCUUCCUGGAGAAGAGCACAUCGCCGCUGCAGAAGCGAGACUUCGACUUCCGGGUGAAGAGGUUCAUGCUCGAGUUCUGUGUGCAGAGCUCCGUUGGGAAGGUCAGCGAGACUCUCGCCAUGCUCGAAGACCUCACCGUGGGCAAGAGCAGGGACGCCGUGCGGAGCUGGCCCGCCUACCUGGCCACGCUCUUGCGCCGCUCCGACCCCAAGCUGUACGAGAGCUUGGCAGACCGAGAUCGCCGCGACCGCCGAUCGGAUGAGAAGAUAAAGGAGGAGCCAUCUCCCAGCACGGCACUCUCCAACGGCUAUGCUGCCGAGCCCGCGCGGGAAGCUUCGGAGGCGGGCGACAGCAGCGACGCGUACUCGGAGGAAUUCGAGGCACCGGCCCCGGAGUCUCGGCCGGAAGGGCAUGGCAUCCAGACGUUUGACCUCAGGGUGCGGUGCGAGUUUCGAGGAGGGGCCAGCCGCUGCGUGGCAGCAGCGACCGCUCGCCUCGCAGCACUGCUGGCCACCCACCUCUUCGCAGGACUGGCAAAGGCGGGGGGGCCAGCCGGGCCCACCGCCCACGAGCUCGCCAGGCCCACGCUCUGCUUCGCGGGCGUCCUGGGCGGGCGCCUGGGCAGCAAAGCGGGCGCCGUCGGCGCACCGCGGCUCCAGCGGCGUCUCCGAGGCGGCGCGAGCGCGAAGGCCGCCAAGGACUGGCCGUCGGGCGCCGAGCUCGACGCGGCCACGCGGGUGAGGUGGGCGGAGGGCCGGCCCGCCGACGCCAAGCCGGUCCACCUCGCCACCGACGCAGCACCCUUGUUGGCCCAGUCGGGCGACGUUCUCGCGCGCGCGCAGGCCGCGGAGGGGCGGGUCAUCGUUGCGGUCGAGUUGCUGGCGCCGCUCGCCCCGGCAGCCGCCCGCGCGAGCCAGCGGGCCUCGGAGCUCGUGGUCUACGUUUCGCGCCCCGAGCACGUCCCGGCGCGCCACUUGGUCCGCCUGGCCGGAAAGAUGGAGGCAGAGCACGGCUUCGCCCUCGCGUCGUUCUACGCGCGCACCUACCGCAAUGCCGAGAAGACCGUCCUCGAACGGCAACGUUCCGAAGCUCUUCGCACUCGACGCGACCUCCGCGCUCGCUUCACUGGCUCCGACCCCUCGCACAACACGGAACUCAUCGAGACGGAGCUCCUCUUGGCGCGCCUGACCUACCGCAUCCGCGCCCUCUCCUACCGCAUCACCACCGAGCGGAACGCCAGCCUCACGGCAUGGAGGGUCGGAUCCCAGACAAGAGCUUUGCCGCCGCUUCGGACGCUUAAGUACUUCGCGCGCUCCGCCGCGCACUCGGUCGACGGGGCCUGGAACCUCAGGCUGACGGCGAACUACAUCGCUGGCCUGCCCGUCGGCUCUGGCAGCACUGGCGCCUUCUUCCUACCCUUGAGCCGCGGGUUCGUCUACAGGGCGCCCUGCGACGCGAUGGCUUCCUCGGCGUUGGCACCCCCCGCCCAGCAAGAAAUGGACCUCUCCGCGCUGCUCAAGCGGCACAAGCCCUCGGGCGGCUCCGCCACCGAGAAGGUCGAGCCCAAGGACAAGCGCCAGCGCGGGCCCGCGAUCGCCUCCAUGGCCGACGCCUCGGAGGAUGCCCUGAUGGCGGUGGAGGGCGCCCUGAAGUCGCGCGACCUGCAGCAGGCGGUCACGAUCCUCCUCAAGAUGGCGUGCCAGCACGCCCAGCAGCUCAGGGACCUCGCCGCCUCGGAAUGGAUCAGCAUCGUGCUCCCGUCCACGGCCACUUCGAUCGUCGCAGCUCGGGAGGCGGGCAAGCUGUGCUCAGAGGCGGCGCAGAUUCCCGCGGCGAAGCCCGUGCUCAACUCACCACAUUUGUACAUCGCUCACGCCGUGUUCAAGCGCCUGUCGGCCUCCGAGGAGGCGAAGCAGAAGGCCCCGCAGGGGCACGCGCUCCUGUGCACAUUCUACCAGCAGUUCGUUUGCAAGGUGACGGGCUCGGAGCUGCGCCUGAUGGUGCGCCACUUCAGGCUGCGCAAAUGCUACAACGACCAGUGCACCAGGGCGCAGUUCGCGUUCGCGGACAAGAUCACGCUGAAGUACGACAACCCAGACGGCCCUCGGGAGACUACGGCAUCCAAGCUCGAGCUCGAACAGAGCCUCGUGAAAUGCUUCGAGGCGGAGGGCGGACGUCAGAAGAUGGGGGCGGCACCUCAGGGCCACUUGGAGUCGAUGGCCCAGAAGCUGCUCGACAAGAACCGACAGACCCACCAAGGCGGCAAAACGAUGGGGGAGUUGCCGCGGGCCGCAGCCAGGGCCACCCCGCCAGAGACCGCCCAUGCAAUCCUCAGCGCGGCCGCGGACGCCAUGGCCGAGCAAGACGGCGCCCGCGCCGGCGCCUGCUGGGGCCCGAGCGCCGGGGCCGCCAAGCUGCGCCCCGGGCCCCGAGGCACGGGGCCCGGGCGCGGAGCUUGGCUGCCGGCCCAGAAGAUGGAGGCCGUGCCCCAGAAGCUCAACGGAGGCCUCGACCACCGGCUCGCCCGCAGGGGCCGGGAGGGGCGCGCGAAGGGCGACGGCGCGCCCAUCGACUUCUGCGCGGUCUCGUCGACCGUCCUUGGUUGGAGCGAGGACGCCAGGGGAUACGAGCUCGCCUGUGCUUUCCCCCGCACGCUGUUUGACGGCACCAUCACCGACGACGGAGUCCCACCUGGUACCACCUGGAGUGGCAAGCGUUGGGCUGCAGUUUGCAUGGUACGUCGCCUCGUCCAGAAGGGACAAUAUGCCAGAACGGACGCACCUCGCAAGGACACCGACCCUGGCCACCACCGCACCAGCACGCUCGUUGACUGGCUUGCCAGCCUCUACCCGUCGGUGCUCACAGACGACGCAGUGGUGCAAAGCGAGUUGGACGCCACUGGGGUGGACCCGGUGCCGACGCCGAGCGGCUCAGACGAGCCUCCACGGGCUGAUCCUUCUCCCCGUGCCCAGGCCAGGACGGGCGACGGAGCAGUGACGGACACAGCACUUGGUGACCAGGCGGAGCGCCUACGACCACAGCACACGCUUGGGGAAGACGCCGAGUCGGGCCAGGCGACGAAGCCAAAUGCUAAACAGGCAGCUACCACGGACGACGACACGAGGCCGGCGGACCCGGACAACUCGGUUGAUUUCGGCGAUGGCAUCCAGGGCUCAGAGACUGAGGCGCUCCCGCGUUUGCUGGCUCGCUUGCUGUUCCACGCCGCGAAGACCUUCCUGGUCCAGGUCCUCGCGUUCGGCAAGGCGUUUUCGCUGCUCCUGCUGGCUCGCUUGCUGGUCCACGUCGCCAAGACCUUCCGGGUCCAGGGCUUCGCGUUCGGCAAGGAGAAGACGUGGUUCCGCGCCGUGGCUGAGAUGGUCUUGGUGACCCUGGGGGUCGGCAUGUUGGCAGCCAUGAUCGGCGGGUGCGUCCUGUGCAUGCGCAAGCAGCUGCCCCAGGAGGACGAGGCCGAGACCGACGCCACGGCGGGGGAGCCCGCUGCGGCCCCGGCCAAGGCCGCGCGCAGCUGCGGCAUGCCGUUCGCGCCAGGUGGAGCAGACGACCACGACACGACGACGCAGCUCAUGGACGGGCUGCAGGCCUUGUCUGCGAAGUUGCAGCCGGAGAUUCCACGGUUGAAGCAGUUGGUGCAGGAGCGUGCCACAGAGGUCGGGGAGAACGCGAAGGCUUUCGUAUGCUUAGAACUCGAGGAUGUCGCAAAGAGUCUCAGGCAAGUCAUGGCAGAGGACGAGGCGGAGUUGAUGUUGGAGUGGAACGCCACAGUCGAUGCGAAUCUACCUCCGAUGUCGGUCAUCUUGUCAGGCUGUAUGUCCCCAAUCAUUAUGUCCACGGCGCUCCUGAAUCACACCCUGCAGUUCUUCAUGCUCUUCUUGCCGGUCGCUGUGCUUUGCGUUGCAGCGAUGAUCAACGACCAUGGGGCCCAGAUUUGCGUCAUUCCGACAUUGAAGAUUUGGCUGUGGGUUGGCGGCACUUUGUCAAUCUUGCUUUGCUUGACCCACGGGGCGAUGGCGGCACGCAUCUAUCUCGGCCAGAGGGCGAUCUCUAAGAAAGCUGAGGAGCUGGACGCGCUCAUGGAGACCGGGCCGCCGGACGUCGCCGUUCCCGCGCCGUCGUCGCAGGAAGUCUUCAUGCGGGGAUCCAUACUGCUCCAGUCCGCAGCCCACCUGCACCACGAGAUCCAGACGUCUAUCUUCUACAACAUCAACGGGGCCUGCACCCUGAUGUGGCUCCCCUGCACGUUCUGGAUUGCUUGCAUCAUCAUCUUUUGGACCUUCUACCCUGGCGUGAUCGCCUUCCAUCCCAAGGCCUCGGUGCCGCCUUCCCCGAUCCAGAUGACAACGUUCAAUCCUCGCCUUCGCGCCCAAGCGGCAUCAAGUCAUACCGUCCACCUGCUUCCUCUCAUCCCCUCCAUUUGGCGCCCAUUCCUGUUUGGGCUGUUUCCCAAUGAAGAGGAGGUGGCUCUCCGCUUCUUACUGACAUCUUGGCG